AAGGAGAGACCGAAUUGGAAAGGAGAGGAGUGGAGAGGAGAGGAGAGGAGGGAAGGGAUAGGGAUAGGGAUAGGGAGAGACCCAAUUCACCCAAAGCUUCUUUCCCUUCCCAUCAUCAAUUUGCUUUCUUAGAUUUCUCUCAGCCAUCUAUUUUAUUAGUUUAAAAGGCGGCGUCGUAGUCUCCAUUACUUCCGUUUAAUGCUUCUCCACCGCUUUCUUCCUCAUCGGUUUUUGUUUUCUUUCUAGGGUUAGGGUUCGUGUUCGUAUUCGUAUUCAAACCAGAAUAUAAUCGCAAGUCUAAAGCCUGGCAACAUGACGAUGCCGGAACGCAAAACAAUUGACUUAGAGCAAGGAUGGGAGUUCAUGCAGAAGGGUAUUACAAAGCUCAAGAACAUUCUAGAAGGACUUCCUGAGCCUCAGUUCAGCUCUGAGGAUUACAUGAUGCUCUACACAACCAUCUACAACAUGUGCACUCAGAAGCCCCCUCACGAUUAUUCUCAACAGCUGUAUGACAAGUACAAAGAGUCCUUCGAAGAUUACAUUACUUCAACGGUAUUGCCUUCUUUAAGGGAGAAGCAUGAUGAAUUUAUGUUGAGGGAGCUUGUGAAAAGAUGGUCAAAUCAUAAGGUUAUGGUCAGGUGGCUUUCACGCUUCUUCCAUUAUCUUGAUCGAUACUUCAUUGCUCGGAGAUCACUUCCUGCACUAAAUGAAGUUGGGCUGACUUGCUUCCGUGAUCUGGUGUACAAGGAGAUAAAUGGGAAGGUCAGAGAUGCUGUAAUUUCCUUGAUUGAUCAAGAGCGAGAGGGAGAACAGAUUGACCGAGCGUUAUUGAAGAAUGUUCUAGAUAUCUUUGUUGAAAUUGGAAUGGGAAGCAUGGAUUGUUAUGAUAAUGACUUUGAAGCAGCCAUGCUUGAAGAUACUGGUGCUUAUUAUUCUCGUAAGGCUUCAAAUUGGAUUCUGGAAGAUUCUUGUCCCGAUUAUAUGUUGAAGGCUGAGGAGUGCUUGAAACGGGAGAAGGAUCGGGUUUCUCAUUACUUGCAUUUGAGCAGCGAGCAGAAAUUGUUAGAGAAAGUGCAAACUGAGUUGUUGUCCGUGUAUACAAACCAGUUGCUUGAAAAGGAACACUCUGGAUGCCAUGCUUUGCUUAGAGAUGACAAGGUGGAUGAUUUGUCACGGAUGUAUAGGCUCUUCUGUAGAAUUCCUCGCGGACUAGACCCUGUUUCCAAUAUAUUUAAACAGCAUGUUACUGCCGAAGGUACGGCCUUGGUCAAACAAGCAGAAGAUGCAGCAAGUAACAAGAAGGCAGAGAAGAAAGAUGUGGUUGGUUUGCAAGAACAGGUUUUUGUGAGAAAAGUAAUUGAUCUGCACGACAAGUACUUGGCAUACGUUAAUGACUGCUUCUUGAACCACUCUCUAUUUCACAAGGCACUCAAAGAGGCUUUUGAGGUUUUCUGCAACAAGGGUGUUGCUGGCAGCUCCAGUGCAGAAUUACUGGCGACUUUCUGUGAUAAUAUCCUAAAGAAGGGUGGAAGUGAGAAGUUGAGUGAUGAAGCGAUUGAAGAAACUCUUGAGAAGGUAGUAAAGCUUCUUGCUUACAUCAGUGACAAGGACCUCUUUGCGGAAUUUUACAGGAAAAAGCUUGCUCGCAGGCUGCUUUUUGACAAAAGUGCUAAUGACGAUCAUGAGAGGAGUAUUCUUACCAAGCUGAAGCAGCAAUGUGGUGGACAGUUCACUUCUAAAAUGGAGGGAAUGGUCACAGAUUUAACAUUGGCAAGGGAAAAUCAGGCAAACUUUGAGGAUUAUCUGAAUGGUAAUCUAUCUGCAAAUCCUGGGAUUGAUUUGACAGUUACUGUCUUAACCACUGGAUUCUGGCCAAGUUAUAAAUCAUUUGAUCUCAACCUUCCUGCAGAGAUGGUUAAAUGUGUCGAGGUUUUUAGGGACUUCUAUCAGACGAAAACAAAGCAUAGAAAACUUACAUGGAUUUACUCACUGGGUACUUGCAACAUCAAUGGAAAAUUUGAACCAAAAACUAUGGAGCUAAUUGUGACAACUUAUCAGGCCUCUGCCUUGCUACUAUUCAAUGCUUCGGACAGAUUGAGUUAUUCAGAAAUCAUGUCUCAGUUGAACUUAACUGAUGAUGAUGUAGUUCGACUACUUCAUUCCCUAUCCUGUGCCAAAUACAAAAUCCUUAAUAAGGAGCCAAACACCAAAACCAUCUCUCCAACUGACUAUUUUGAGUUCAAUUCUAAGUUUACCGACAAAAUGAGAAGGAUUAAGAUUCCACUCCCUCCUGUGGAUGAGAAGAAGAAGGUGAUUGAGGAUGUUGACAAGGAUAGGCGAUACGCAAUUGAUGCCUCAAUUGUGCGCAUCAUGAAGAGUCGAAAAGUUUUGGGUCACCAACAGUUAGUGAUGGAGUGCGUUGAGCAGCUAGGGCGAAUGUUCAAGCCUGAUUUCAAAGCAAUCAAGAAGCGAAUUGAAGACCUAAUCACUCGGGAUUAUCUGGAGAGAGACAAAGAAAAUCCUAAUAUGUUCAGGUACUUGGCCUAAUUCAAUGUGUGGAUGUUACCUUCGACAGGCCAUAUCAAGUAAGAAAUUUGCUGGCAAAACGACGGGAGUAUGGGUCUGGUAGAUGUGUAGAGCACAACUCACCCUGAAUAGCCAUUUCUGUUGCAUAGCCUCGAAUGGUUUGACGUGCACCCUGGCGUGAGGAUUCUUGUACAUGUUUUGCGUAUGAAAGUCGAUGUCAGCUCUGGGUAACUACCCUUCAUGACAGAAGUGAAGUGAUUUAUUCUGUUACGCCUUCAAGUCCAUUGCUUGCUGCUUCUGCCCGUCUCAUGCCAAUCGUUUCUCCUUGACCAGGCCACUUGUUUACUUCCCUUCUCUUUUCCUUUUCGCUCGCUUCCUUUCCCCUCCCACCCACCCCCGAACCCCACCUUUCACCUUUUUUUUUUUUUUUUUUAUUCCUCCCAAUUGUAAUCUAUUUUUAUUAGUUAGAUUGAUUUGCUUGCAAUAUUUAAUGGUAUUUAGCAAUCAAUCGCGAGUCCUUGUCUGUUUCCAGGAACGACUUUAUUGUUCUUUGACUGGUGUUCAUACUUUAACCAUCAAUUGUUUGUGUUGUACAUGGUUGAUUUUAAUCUUUGUUAUGAAAGAUAUGUUGAGCAAGGCAUCAUUGCUCCUAUGAGCCUUGAUUAGUCCCA